AUGGCAGACUUCGAGUAUCUGGACACAUGCCGCAUGCAGCUGAGCAUGACCCCCGCGAAGUACGUCGACAAACCGGCCCCCCGCGAGUUCAGGAACAACAGACUGGUUUCGACCGACGAUCUCAGGUUGACGACCGUCGUCUACCACAUCGAGCCCGAUUGCGAGGAGCCCAUCGAGACGAUCGAGCACGGCGUUUGGGCAUCUUUGGCAGCGCGCGGAGGGCGGCGCGGCAUCUUCAAGAAGCCGACGCCCAAGCGCACCGAGAAGUUGGCGAAGGAAUGCGCGGUGAUAUUUGGCAUCCCGCGGGUCGACGUGACCACCGUUGCGCGAGUGAUGUGCGCCGAUGCGCGGCUGGGCCAGCGCGCGCGCGGACUCGUCGACUACGAGGGCGGGUUGAUCAGUGAGCCUACGGAGUUCUACCUGCGCGGCGACCGCGUCGAAGUCCGCGCCGAGGAGGGCGUUGGCAGCAUGGGGCGGUUCGCGGCCAUCUACAAUGAUCAAGGACAGUCGGCGGACUUAGAGGCCGCGCGGAAGGGGCGCGACCCUUUCCACAUGCCCCCAGAGGCAGUGCGAGUGGACAGCGACGUAUCGAACGUGAUCUACGCGGACGAACCAGAGGUCCGGGCGUCACGCCCAGCGAUUCGCCAGACCGCGGACGCAUGCACCAUCGAGGCGCGGAUUGGUGACCAAGACGCGGGCGCCGCCCACCAGUGCUUGAAGAGCGAUGGCGACGUUUGGGCCGGAGCCAGACAACAUCAUUCAAGCACAAUGGUCAGCACUGCAGAAGCUACACCUCGACUUGAGCCAUCCGUCGGCACAUGCGGUGACGAGACAAUUCAAGACGCGCGCUGCAACGGCAGAGGUGCUCGACGCAGUGGGCAAGCUAAAGUGCCCAACGUGUUGGGGGCUCACUUGACGACGGCGCGCUCGGCACAUGUAAUGCUAUCGGUUGAGUUCAACGUCAACGUGCUCCUGGGCGAGUCCGAGGUCGUGCUCUCAGACGACACUGGGCUGAUGGCCAUGAUCAUCACCGACGGCGCCGCGAGCUUCUGGGCUGUCGCCCCGACGAGCGUGGCGCGAUCCGUCGCUGGCGUGGAGGCGCUGAAAUGCUUUGUGCGGGGCUGGCUAUCCAGCCUGCCUAUCCUGGGCCAGUCCGUCCAAGAGAUGACCCUUCGACUCGUCGACGGGCCGCGUCGCGAUGGCGUUCGCGGAGGUCUUGCCCACGCGUAUUUUUGGCACGCCGACGAGGACGGGGCUGCUCGCAAGAACCUGUCGCACGACGACCCCGCUACAGGCCAGACGUUGCAGGUGGAGAUCACAUUCCAGAGCUCUGACCUGACCAACGCGGUGGCCGUCGCGAUCGGCGGCUCCAGCUUCGCGAACGCGGGCAGGGACAAGACAGCCAGCGACGCCAGUCCCAACUGCCUGAUAGCCGAGAACGAGGACGAUAAGGUCGUUCGAGGCGAACCGGCGAAGGAAGUUGUCGGCUGGCACGGGCUCGGAGUUACCCAGAAACGGCGGAACAAUCUUGAGCUGAUCGCGAAUUUGAAAACGUUGCACGCCCCCACGAAGGAGGUCCUUGCAAGUUGGCGCGACGAUUCCAUGCGGAGACAUACUCUCAUUAGUGGUAGCGACCAGCGACUGGCCAUGAACAGCCCCAGCGCCGAGGACCUCGAGCGGCAGGUUUUGGCGCUCCAGGUGGAGCACGCAGCGGCGGAGAAUGACGUCGACGAUUGCUACGAGGCCGACGUGAUGGAGCAUGGCGUCAAUUCGGUGUUCCUGCGCGUGAAGGCAGCGGCGCCUAUUCAGAAGCAGUUCCACAGACAGACCAAGCACGUCAAGUAUCGGAUCCUCGACAAGUUGGCGAUCAUGCGCAAGGAGAAGAAGCCGAUCAAGGCGCACAGCGACCAUGCCCAGCUCCCCGACCGGACGCCCACUCCAGAGUCCGAGCAGGAGCCGAUGUCGCCGGAGUGCGGCAUGAUCGCGGACGGCUCCUUCAACGUGUCAGGGUGCGGGAUGCCUUGGAUGCCGGUGCACCCAGGGUGCAACGUGCAGCAGCCGCAGCCCGGGCAAGCUGUGGCGAAGGCCUUCCCGCCGCAUGUGUCGCAGAUGUCAGAAGGUUGCGGCUACGCGGUCCCCGUGCACCACCAGCAGCCGAUGGACAUGUGGCAGUCGGUCUACCAGCAGCCGCCGCCGCCCUACCAGCAGCAGCAGCCCCCUCCCGCCGCGGCCCUGGGCGGCGCCGGUGAACAGCCAGGGCUGCUGCCGGUCCCUGGGCUCACCGCGGAGCAGCUGCAGGCGCUGGAGCAAGACCCCGAGCUGGCGGCGGUCUUCCAGGACAUCAAGCGCAACGGGCCCGUGGCCGCUUUGCGCGCCUUCCAGGACGAAGAGCUGAUGAUGAAGAUCAGCAAGAAAAUUCAGACCACGAACUCCGAAGCCAAACAGCCCGGCAAGCCGUCUGCGUUCCAGCAAGGCGACAUGCCGCAGUCCGACGACGCAAAAGCCGGAG